AUGACCUAUAACAAAGUCAUUGUCUUUGGUGCUACAGGGGAUGUAGGCUCUGCUGCCGCUCUGCAAGCCCACCAUGAGGGAGCCACAGUCUCCCUAGCGACGCGCAAUUUGUCCAAACCCAUUCCCCAACUCGCUCACAUCCCGUUCAAGAAAUAUCAGGCCGACUUGACCCAGCCCAGUACCAUAACGGCGGCUGUUCGUGAUGCUGGCGCCAAGGCGGCUUUCAUAUAUGGGGUGUUCGACGACCAGGACUUUAUGAGAGGGGCUCUCCACACUCUCAAAGCGACCGGGGUGGAAUUUCUGGUCUUUCUCAGCAGUUUUCUCAUCCUCAGCGAUAUUCACAACGUGGACCCCUCUGACAUCGUUCCCUGGGAGCACGCCCAGGUGGAAAUCGCGCUGGAAGAAGUGUACGGGCGUGCUUCGUACGUGACCGUACGGCCGGCCUUUUACGCUAGCAAUUUGUUCUACCAAAGGCAGGCCAUCCAGCAAGGUGAGGUGAAGCUACCCAACCCGGAGGCGAAAUUUGACUUCAUCGCCUCGGAGGACAUUGGCCAGGUCGCGGGGAAAAUUCUGGUCCAUGGUACCCAUGAGCAUAUCGUGCGACUGCUGGGACCCGAGCGGAUGACUUUAAGGGAGGCCAUGGGGAUUGUCGGGAAGGUCUUGGGUCAUAUAGUCCAAGUGACUGCUGUCACGCGCGAGGAGGCUGCUGCGCAAUUGGAAGCCGCUGGCGUCCCACCCCAAAUGGUUCAGUGGCAUCUUCAUAAUGUUAUCGACCGUGCUGGCUCGUAUCUUGAAAGCCCUGAGGCUCUCACGACCGGUGAUAAUAUUUCAAAAUAUGCCCGUCACCCUCCACAACGCUUUGGAGACUGGGUGGAGAAACACAAUAGCCGAUUCCUGGACUGA